CUCACCAGUCGCCUCGAGCAAGUUUCAGUGUGUGGUUGGAGAGUGUUCGGAGUGGUAGUGCUCUUCGCUCUUUUAAGCUUGCGAGCUCUCAGAUCUGUGUUUUGAGCGAUCGUUUACUGGAAGUAGGAGCUCCAGAGGAUAAUCGGGAAAAUGAGUAAACGGUGCGCAAGGUGUGAGAAGACGGUGUACCCGCUGGAGGAGCUGAAAUGUCUGGACAAGGUGCAGUACCACGCAGACUUCGAGAAGAACAAGGCCAAGUUCACGCAGGUGGCCGACGACCCGGAGACGCAGCGGCUGAAGAAGAACACGAAGAUCAUCAGCAACGUGGCCUACCAUGGCGAGCUAGAGAGGAAGGCGGAGAUGGAGCGGAAGCGCUCGGAACCCGGCGAGGAGGACGAAGGUGCGUCUCUGCCGGGGCUCUCGCGCCGCCCAUGCGACAUGGUGCACACUCACAAGCACGUACAUGCACGCACUCUUACAAUACCACAAGCACUCGCUUUAGAGGCACAUGGACGCAAAUAUUUCCAUGUUUAUGCACACUAACAAUCGAAUUAAGGCACACAUUUACUUAUACUCCAUACACAUACACCCAUACGUACAAAUGUACAUACAUAUGUGUAUGUGUGUGUGUGUGCGUGUUUGUGUGCA